AUGCCGCUUUAUGAUGGACGUGCUGCUUUGGCUGUUCUCCCAGCAUAUGGCGAAGAGGUCAAUAAUGACCUAGAUUGCUCGGAACUUUCUCCUACCUUGCAGCAGCAACAACAAAGCAAUUCAAGUGCAGCCCUGUUGGAGGGCAGGUUACAAACCCCUCGCCUUGGAAGAAAAGAGGUGGAAGCAAAGGGCUCAAAAGCAGAUCGUCGUCGGAUGCAAAUUCGAUUGGCACAGAGGGCGUACCGGUCCCGCAAGGAAGAAAGUUUGAGGGCGCUGAAAACCCGUGUUUCGUUACUCGAAAAUACGCUCCAGGGAGCCCGCGACACCCUUCUUGAGAUCCAGAAUAUGGCGACUGACUCCGGAAAUCAGUCUAUUCAGGAGAUAUUGAUCGUUCGGCUUCGUGCAAUACAGCAGUCUCUAUCUGGGUCUUAUGAUGUUGAAUUAGAGAGAAAACUAAGAAGAAAGAUUGAGACAUCUGCCAGAGUACCACCACCCUUCACUUCAAUCAUUGAGAGUACUCGCAGCAGAAGUGACAGUUUGGAAGACAAACAACAAAAGCAAAGGGAAACCCCAUUCGCAAGGAUUUCCUUAUCUUGGGCUCUCUGGCCUGUGCUAGCGAUGAGUUUAGCAGAUUUCAUCGAGUGGCUGCAUACCACUUGCCUCUAUGUGGGAUACUUAGGGCUCAGCGAUGCGUCGGUCCGCACCAGUCAGCUGGAAUACAAAUUCGGCUUACUACUGACGCUCAUGGACCGCAAUGAUGCUACUUCGCUCUUCGCAUCCUCGAUUCGAUCCAAAAUUGAUCAAACAAUAGAAACAAAAUGGGAGAACAUCCCAUUUCUCCGCCUCGGGGGCGCAGGAAUCCAUUAUCCGGGAAAUAUACCUCGAGAGGCAGGACCAAGAUAUCGUCAACGUUCUUGGAUCCCAGUCGACGUAUCUGAUUUCUCCCCUUCUAUAAAAUCAGAUCUCUCAGGGGAUUGGUUUGACCUGCAUGAUUUAGCUGGAUAUCUUGCGGAACAUGUUGUUACAUUAUCAGCGCCGAUAUCAGCCUCAAGACUGAGGACGCGAUUUCACGCUGGCGUUGACCAAGUGUGCUUGCUACAAUGUAAAGAUGUGUACCCCAAGUUUCGGAAUUAUCGCAGGCUGACCUUUUCUUUACGGCAGCACUCAGAGCCAAAGCGAUCUGUCUAG